AUGGCGUCCACGGAGAUAGAGCUGUGGAACCAGUUGCUGCCGUGCCAAUGCUAUUGCGUUGUCCCGACUUCAACGUCGCCCCAGACGGCGAUUCAAGUCACCGUGUUCGGGUGCGGCGGGAUCGCCAUCGCCUUCUGUGGCUCUCACAAGCUCAUAGACGGGACAACGGGGUCGGCUUUCAUUAAAACUUGGGCUUCUUUCAACCGAGGCUCCAACGGAGAAUUACGUAAUCCCGAUGUGUUAGACGCGGCGUCGCGGUUGUUCCCUCCGAUGGAGUCGAUCCCUCAAGACCACUUGUCUUUAACCGAAACGCUUUGGUUCCGAGAAGGGUGGCACACGACCAAGUCAUUCUCGUUCCAUGACGAUGCCAUAGCCACCCUAAAGCUCAAAGCCAAAAGCAAACGCCUCGAGCACCCAACACGAAACGUAGCCCUCACAGCAUUCAUAUGGAAACACGCCAUGUUGGCUACUAGAGCCGCAUCGGGACGUUCGAGACCCACGGUGUUAACCCAAUCGGUGAAUCUCCGACCGAUGCUGAAUUUACCCGAACAUGCAAUCGGAAACCUGGUUUGGUUCGUGAUCUCUUCGUAUAACCCGAGUGCCACCGCCACAGACAUCGAGUUGGACCACUUGGCCUAUUUGGUGAAAGACGCAUUGGACGUUUCCAAAGCUCAAAUCUCACUUUUACAAAGCGGGGAUGUGUUGAAAGCCGUGACGGAACUGUCGUAA